UCGAAGCCCAACUAGAAACCCUUCUUCCCGACGCCACCGAGCUUACCAACACACCCUCGAACAACCCAGCAAAGGCACGACCACCUCCCCGAACCCUAGGCCUACCCGACCGCCGGCGACGCCAGGAUGGCCCGCUACGACCGCGCGAUCACCGUCUUCUCCCCCGACGGCCACCUAUUCCAGGUCGAGUACGCUCUCGAGGCCGUCCGCAAGGGCAACGCCGCCGUCGGCGUCCGCGGCACCGACACUGUCGUCCUCGGCGUCGAGAAGAAGUCCACCCCCAAGCUCCAGGACUCCAGGUCGGUGCGGAAGAUCGCGAGCCUGGACACGCACAUCGCGCUCGCGUGCGCGGGGCUCAAGGCGGACGCCCGCGUGCUCAUCAACCGCGCGCGCGUCGAGUGCCAGAGCCACCGCCUCACCGUCGAGGACCCCGUCACCGUCGAGUACAUCACCCGCUACAUCGCCGGCCUGCAGCAGAAGUACACCCAGAGCGGUGGUGUACGCCCCUUUGGCCUGUCGACCCUCAUCGUCGGGUUCGAUCCCUACACAGACAAGCCCGCCCUGUACCAGACUGACCCCUCCGGUACCUUCUCCGCGUGGAAGGCCAACGCCACUGGGAGGAACUCUAACUCCAUGCGGGAGUUCCUGGAGAAGAACUACAAGGACACCUCCGGCAAGGAGACCAUCAAGCUCACCAUCCGUGCUCUUCUAGAGGUUGUCGAGAGUGGUGGGAAGAACAUUGAGAUUGCAGUGAUGACAAAGAAGGAUGGUCUUCGGCAACUUGAGGAGACUGAAAUCGACGAAUAUGUUGCUGAGAUUGAGGCAGAGAAGGCUGCAGCUGAGGCUGCAAAGAAAAGCGGACCGAAGGAUACCUAAUUAUUGGAUGUGAUAUGCUUUAUUCUGUGAACCAAAACUUUUAGUGUUACCUGUUAAGUUCUAUAACUCCUUUUAAACUGCUUUAACAAGACAUAGUAAAUGAAUUGCCUUUUUUUCUUGGUCCCCGGUGUGCUGGUGAUUUCUGUGUGCAAAGCGUUUGAACAGGGUGCAAAUUUAUCGAUGUAUCUCCAAAACAAUUGAUGGGAUCAGGACAUGCUACCAAAUCGUGUUAUCUGAAUUCACGCUUAAUCUCACGGGACAA